UGCCUUACCUGCCUGUACUCCUGAAGGUGGGUUGACACCUGUACGGUCAGCACCUUGCGCAGUUUUGUUUCCAGGAACAGCCCCCAGCUGUGCGAGGUUUUAUGUCUGCUAUGGACUGAGAGUGGACAACCGCCUUGUGUGUGUUUGUGAGGACAAAGAGUACCGACGUUGCUGCGGAAUACAAAACUUUCUGUGCGCCCUCAGAUUCUCUCCCAGAGAGGCUUCAAGUGAGAUUUACACAAGCAAGACUGGAUAGUGACGCAUAGGUCCAGCACUAACGCACGUCUUCAUGCAAUGUCGAAGAGUGGCACAUGGCCAGGCAACGUUGCCAUGGAGUCAUUGAGUAACAUGGACAGUGCAGGGAGCUAUGACAGUGUAAUCAGCACAAACUCUGCCUGGGUGAGUGGCGUUAGCGAGGAUAGUAUGGAGUACCUAUCUGCUGAAGAGAAGGCAUGUCUGAUGUUUCUGGAGGAAACAAUCGAAGCACUGGAAGUGCAGGAAGACAGUGGCUUAUCAAAUGACGAGCCAGACAUGUGGUCAAAGACCGAACCACAAGAUCAGAUAAGAAGUAAUGAUGUUCCCACUGAAAUGCUCAAAUCAGGAAGUCUCAGGAUAUCCACCCUAAGUCCCCACACAACAGCAGUUUCUCCAUCUGCUGGAUUAACCACAGAGUAUGGAACUGAGCAUCACGCUGCAAAUCAAAACUCCAACCCACAAUCUGCUUCCACGUCUGCAGUCAGCAUGAAAGAUGUUAAAACAGAGGACCUGGGAGUUGAAACUGAUCCUUUGGUGUCUAACUCUGGCUACACAACCUCAUCAUCAGAUAAAACAGUUGACGUUUCAAAGUUGGAUGGAGAUCUUGUGCUUGAGAAUGUCACAAAUUCUGGAGAUGCCUCAGAGAAUGAUCUGGAUAUAAUCCCUCCACCAACAGACUUCAGAGAUGAACCAGAACCGGACUUGUUACCGGAAGCCAUGACGGUGGUCCCGCCACCAGCAGCCAUGACCGUGGAGGCCAUGACCAUGGUCCCACCACCGGAGACCAUGACCGUGGUCCCGCCACCGGAGACCAUGACCGUGGUCCCGCCACCGGAGACCAUGACCGUGGUCCCGCCACCGGAGGCCAUGACCGUGGUCCCGCCACCGGAGGCCAUAACCGUGGAGUCCAUGACCGUGGUCCCACCACCGGAGGCCAUGACCGUGGUCCUGCCACCAGAGACCAUAACUGUGGAGGCCAUGACCGUGGUCCCACCACCGGAGACCAUGACCGUGGUCCCGCCACCAGCAGCCAUGACCGUGGAGGCCACGUCCGUGGUCCUGCCACCGGAGGCCACAGCCUCACCCCCACCAUCAAAUGGCUUCACAAAGCAAAAACAAACUGUUGAUGUGGAGCAGAUGCGCAUGAGAGCCUCUGUGAAGAGAUCUGUUGUAGACUCUUCUGCUGCUGAGGAUUCUUCUAGCAAAGCCUCAGAAGUUGCUUCACUUUUACCUCAAAUGAAUCCCCCUACUGAGCCUUUAGAGCCCAGAAACCCACCUGCUGUGGCCCCAAAACCUAAGAAGCUACCUUCAAGCAUUAUUUUAAAGUCACCGAAGACACCAACACUUGUCUCUCAUGGAAACCCAGGGCAUUCGGUACCCUCCCACAGUGACCGGAUGUUGUUGGACCCUCAGAAGGUUCACAUGGAGGCCCUCAAAAAGCUUGGACUGCUUAAAGAGAACAAGGAGGAAGCAAGUCGUGCUGUAAGCCCUAAGAUUUCUCUGAAAUCUGCUUCAUACAAAUGGUCACCAGCGAGCCCCUCUCCUCCAGUCAGUCCUGCUGCUCUUCUCACACCCCCUGUAACACCAUCUCUUACCCCAGUCAUUAGUCCCCUACAAGCCAUUGUACCCCAACAGUCUGUGCAGGCUCCUAUUGUGCCACCAUCAGCUUCUUCAGCAUCUCCUCCCAUUGAGGAUGCUGAUAUCCUCCCAGCACCUGCAGCUUUCAGCGAUGGAUUUGGGCCUUCAGGUGAUGAACUUCCUGCUGUCACAGAGGCCCCUUUCAGUACCCUGCCUAACACAUCGCCACCGAAGGGGAUCAGUAUGAAAUCGGCAACCUUGGAGAGAUCUGGUUUGGGUCUGAGCAGCCAGAUGUUCAAUCGGAGCUUAUUGGAGAUAACCGAUGACGAGCAAGAUCCAAAGCACCUGCGCAACACUCGACCAAGACCUGCCUCUCUGGGGACUAGGAAAGACUUUUCUCACACUAAAGGUGAGGGUUUGGUGGCAAGCGGAACGUCAGAAUCCCAGAAGUCCCAACCUACACAGGCAUUCCACCGCAGAGAGUCUUCUAAGCUGCCUCGAUCUCAAGGCAUCAGCGUGAUGAUCUGCCCUCGCGCAGAGAAUGAAGAGGACCGGCGCCAGGCCUUGAAGAAGCUGGGACUGCUCAGAGACUAACUUCCAAAUGUACCUUUAUAUAUUGUAAAAGGACUGAUGCAGACUAUAUCUGGGUUUAAAAUGCUGAAGGAGUGCCUUAACCACAUUCUUAUGCGUCUGUUUUCCAGUGAAUACCAUGUGGUUGACGGUAUCCGUGUUUCCUUUGACCAUCGAAAUGUCAAAAUUAGUGUAUUUCACAAAACUGCAAUGAAAUUUUUUUUUGCAUCACACAAGUCAUGUGAUCAACAACUGAAUGUUACUACUUGUAGAAAAGAUUAAAA